CCACCACCAACGCACGAGUAGCUUUGUAGAGAUUCUUCUUCCUCACCGCAAACCGCAAUCCUCCCGGCGGCGAUUCUUCUUCCUCACCCAGUCCCCGCCAGAUCCGCACCAUUCCCUCGCUCGCUACCCGGCGGCGAUUCUUCUUCCUCAUCCAUACCUAACGAUUCUUCUGUUCCUCUCGACGUUGCACAACACCAAGAGACGAGAGAUUCCGAGCUUCAUAGAUUGACACCGACGACGCUUCCCCUGACCUAACAUCCAGAUUCGCACCUCCGCCGGCCUCCGCAUCCCGGCUCACACCGUCGUUCUGGUCGAGUGUGAUGAUGUUGAAAUGGAUUCCUCAAGUGGGGAGGAGAUGGAAGUCGAAAUGGAUGCAAGUACGAGCAAGAUGGCUGCUAGUGAUCAUACUGGUUCAGCUUCGACUUGCAUCAUUAGUAAUUGAAAGGAAUGGACGUUCAGUCCCAUGGGUUAUAGUUAUUAAAGUAUUGUCCCACUGUGAAAAAGUAUUGUCCCAGUUGCUGCCUUCAUUUACCUACUGGUUGGUGAAAAUCUAUUCUUACAGGUUGGUGGAAACUACAAGGAAGCCAUCAAAGCCGAAGUAUUUGUUUGGAUCUUUUGCUGAACUUGACCAUGAGAAUGUGGAGACUACAAUUCAGAAUGGGUGCUGAAGUUUUUUGGUGUGCUUUGUAGAAGAUUUUAGUUAGCCUAUUUGUGGAGAUGCAAGGCAUGGGGAAAUCGGGCCUUCGCUUAUCUUGAUGUUCUUGUGGGUAGUUUCUAGUUGGAACUUUCAAUGGCAUAGACAAGUACUUGCUUUGUUUGCAUCAGCUUAACGUAGUUUUCAUUAGUCUUUGUAAAGAAGAGUUUUGUUGAGCAUAUGCUCUGUUUUGGUGGCAGGAAACAGAGCAAUGUGGAGAGGAACCCUGCCAUUUUUUUUUUUUUUGCUAUUAUUUCAAAACUACAACAGAUAACUAAGAAUAUGGAGCAUAUGCUCUGUUUUGGACUUUUGGUGGCAGGAAACGGAGCAAUGUGGAGGGGAACCCUUGCC